GGCACAGACUGUACGUGGGGCUGAGGGAGGGGGCCGUGCCUGGCGCCAACCCAGGUGCCCCAGCCUGACCCCAUGGCCCUGGUCACAGUGAGCCGCUCGCCUCCGGCCAGCGGCCACUCCACGCCCGUGGGGCCCACGCAGGAACAGGCAUCCAGGCAGAGAAGCCGGCUACAGCGACGGCAGAGCUUUGCGGUGCUCCGGGGGGCUGUCCUGGGACUGCAGGACACAGAGGAUGAUGGAGAUGCAGCUGAGGCCAGCCCUGAGCCAGCAGAGGAACCCCCAGGUGAGGAGCAAGCCCAUGAGGACCGGACGGACAACGGGCAUGGGCCCCAGAGUCCCCAGAAGCAGGAGCAGAGGCAGCACCUGCACCUCAUGGUGGAGAUGCUGAGGCCGCAGGACGACAUCCGCCUGGCGGUCCAGCUGGAGGCAGCCCAGCCCCCCCGGCUCCGCUACCUGCUGGUGGUAUCCACAAGAGAACAGCUGAGCCAGGAGGAGACAGUCCUCCUGGGGGUGGACUUUCCUGAUAGAAGCUCCCUCAUCUGCACCCUGGGCCUGGUCUUGCCCCUCUGGAGUGACACCCAGGUGUACCUCGAUGGGGAUGGGGGCUUCAGUGUGACGUCCGGUGGGCAGAGCCGGAUCUUCAAGCCCAUCUCCAUCCAGACCAUGUGGGCCACGCUCCAAGUGUUGCACCAGGCAUGUGAGGCGGCUCUAGGCAGCGGCCUGGUGCCAGGGGGCACUGCCCUCACCUGGGCCACCCACUACCAGGAGAGAGUGAGCUCUGACCAGAGCUGCCUCAACGAGUGGAUGGCCAUGGCUGACCUGGAGUCUCUGCGGCCUCCCAGCGCCAAGCCUGGCUGGACCCCGGAGCAGGAGCAGAUGGAGCAGGCGAUCCAGGCCAAGCUGUGGGAGGUACUGGACACCAGUGACCUGGAGAGCAUCACUUCCAAGGAGAUCCGCCAGGCCCUGGAGCUGCGCCUAGGCUGCCCGCUGCGACAGUACCGUGACUUCAUCGACAACCAGAUGCUGCUGCUCAUGGCCCAGCAGGACCGGGCGUCCCGCAUCUUCCCCCACCUCUACCUGGGCUCCGAGUGGAAUGCGGCCAACCUGGAGGAGCUGCAGAGGAACAGGGUCAGUCACAUCCUGAACAUGAGCCGGGAGAUCGACAACUUCUACCCUGAGCGCUUCAUCUACCACAACGUGCGCCUCUGGGACGAGGAGUCGGCCCAGCUGCUGCCCCACUGGAAGGAGACGCACGGCUUCAUUGAGGCUGCCAGGUCAGGGCCACCCGCUCCAGCUGCCCACCCUGGACUUUGGGUGGUCCUGGUGCCCUCCUCCUGCCCACUCUGCCAUCAGUUCUGUCCUGACACAGUGACGGUGGGGAGGGCUGAGCCGAAUGUGUCCUGCCCCCGCAGAGCCCAGGGCACCCGGGUCCUAGUCCACUGCAAGAUGGGCGUCAGCCGCUCGGCUGCCACGGUGAUGGCCUACGCCAUGAAGCAGUACGGCUGGAGCCUGGAGCAGGCUCUGCAGCACGUGCAGGAGCUCCGGCCCAUCGCCCGCCCCAACCCUGGCUUCCUGCGCCAGCUGCAAACCUACCAGGGCAUCCUGACUGCCAGUCGGCAGAGCCAGGUCUGGGAGCAGAAGGUGGGUGGGGUCUUCUCAGAGGAGCCCCUGGCCCCAGAAGUCUCUGCGCCGUUCUCAAUUCCUCUGCAAGAACCUGGAGGCAGUGGGGAGGUGAAGGCAAUGGGGUUGGAGGAGAGCGAGGCAGCCACAAAAGAAGAGCCUGGGCCCCGGCCCCGUAUCAACCUCCGCGGGGUCAUGAGGUCCAUCAGUCUUCUGGAGUCUUCCUCGGAGCUGGAAAGUGCCUCAGAGGCUGCUGACCUGCCAGAGGUUUUUUCUUCCAAUGAGUCUUCAGACCAAGACCCUCCGCAGCCCUUCCCUCAGCCCUCAAAGGCCAACACGGGCUGGGGGGACCGGCGGGGCCGGAAGGGGCCCUGGCCUGCCCUGAAGUCCCGCCAGUCUGUUGUUGCCCUCCACAGCGCUGCCCUGGUGGCCAGCAGGACCCAGGCCUUCCAAGGGCAGGAGCUGGGGGAGGCUGGCUGUCCCUCCACCCCUAGGAUCCGGAAGGUGGUGAGGCAGGCCAGUGUGGAUGACAGUGGAGAGGAGGAGGAGGCCUGACCCCCCCACAUGCCCAUGCCCCCUAGACACUAAACAGACAACUAAGGCACAGCUCCUCAAUGAACAUUCCUCACUCCUGUCAGCCCAUACAUGCUCCUCUUAUUUCCCCCACCAGGGUCCCAAGGCCCAUCACCACAGCCUUCACCUCCUAUAGCCUUAAAUUCCAGAUCCGUGUCCACCUGUACAAGGGCUCAAGACUUUUCCCUACAAUUGGGAUGUGGUAGAGAGCCUGAAGGUGCCUUUGGGGGCAACAGCACCCCUAGUUUCACUCUUAACUCCUGCCCUAAACACUUACUUGCAGCCACAGGAAUUUUAAAGAACCAGAGUUUUCCAGUAUAGGAAGGUUCACGCCUCCCUCCCUGCCCCCGCCUGCCCAUCCCCCACUCCACUUAGUUCCUGGGGACCCCAGAGGCAGAUGGUACCUCAGUCCCCAGCCCAGGGAGGCUCUGAGAAGCCAAGAGCUGGGCCCCUCUCGGGGGAUGGCAGGUUGGCCUCCCUCACACACCUCACAAC